GUGGUGGCCUCGUGUCCGUGAAAGGUCUCUCGACUCAGGCUACGUCGUCUUCUCUCAGCGAUCCGAAUCCCAACUGGUCUAAUAGGCCACCAAAGGAGACGAUCCUUCUCGAUGGUUGCGAUUUCGAGCACUGGCUUGUCGUCGUUGAGCCACCUGAGGGUGAACCUACUAGAGACGAGAUCAUUGAUAGCUACAUCAAAACCCUAGCUCAGAUUGUUGGAAGUGAAGAAGAAGCUAGGAUGAAGAUCUACUCGGUUUCAACUAGGUGUUACUAUGCUUUUGGAGCUCUUGUGUCAGAAGAUCUUUCUCACAAGAUUAAAGAGUUGCCAAAGGUGCGCUGGGUUCUUCCUGAUUCUUACCUGGAUGUGAGGAACAAAGACUACGGAGGGGAACCUUUCAUCGAUGGGAAGGCUGUUCCUUAUGAUCCUAAGUAUCAUGAGGAGUGGAUAAGGAACAAUGCUAGAGCAAAUGAAAGAAACAGACGCAAUGACCGUCCUCGCGGAAACUCUGAUAGAAGCAGAAACUUUGAGAGGAGAAGAGAGAACAUGGCAGGAGGCCCUCCUCCUCAACGUCCUCCAAUGGGAGGACCCCCGCCUCCUCCUCCACACGUGGGAGGACCCCCGCCUCCUCCACACAUGGGUGGCUCUGCACCUCCUCCACACAUGGGGCAGAACUACGGAGGACCACCUCCACCGAACAACAUGGGAGGACAAAGGCCACCAUCAAACUAUGGAGGACCACCGCCACAAAACAACAUGGGUGGACAGAGGCCGCCACCUAACUAUGGAGGAGCACCACCAGCAAACAACAUGGGAGGAGCACCACCAAACUAUGGAGGAGGACCACCGCCAAACUAUGGAGGACCACCGCCACCAAACUAUGGAGGACCACCGCCACCAAACUAUGGAGGAUCACCACCUCCUAACUAUGGAGGAGCAGCACCACAGAACAACAACUACCAGCAGCAGAGUGGUGGAAUGCAGCAGCCACAGUACCAGAACAACUAUCCGCCAAACCGGGAUGGCAGCGGGAACCCCUACCAGGGUUGAAGCAGUCGUGGGUUUCCUAUUUUAAUCAUGCAUUCUGGGCUGUGUAUAGAUAAUUUGAGGAAGAGAGAGUGCAACAGCAAGACUUAAAAACUCCUUUUUAUCUCGAGUGUUUU